CGCCACCAAAAUAAGGGAGAGUACUGCUAUACUAUAGAUACGACUGGAAUUAUCCGGAAAUGGAAAAAAGUGAGAGUCUUCCGGUACUAUAUGUUCGAGCCAGGAAUCACUACGAUGUGGGCUUUACUAUUGGCAGUACUUUCAAAGGAUGGAUAAGAGAUUACAUGAACACCUCAAACGAUGUUAAACAGUAUAAACGGUUUUACAACAACAGUGAAGGACGGAAGUUAAUCGAACAGUACAUGUCUACCGGUCGCAAGUCCCAUCCGAAUAUUAUGUCAGAAAUUCAGGGCAUGGCAGAUGGAGCAGAAGUGAAGUUUGAAGAGCUCUUCCUGUUGCAGAUUUCAUCAGAAAUAGAGUUUUGUCACAUGAAUGAAGUGUUUAUAGAGGGAACUGGUACUGAACAUGACGGAAAAGGGUGCACGGAUGUUCUGGUAAACAGAAAACAAUGCAGAAUAAUCGGGCAUAACGACGAUUGGACUGAAGACGUGUAUUCCCGCGUAUAUAUUGUACACGUGACUAUAGCAGACGAGAAAGAGCGCGUGAUUGAGCAGUUUGUAUCUUUCAGUUACCCGGGCUAUUUAACAGGAUUUUGUUUUGGCAUGAAUAAGUCUCUGGUAAUAAGCCUGAACUCAUUAUCACCAAAGAAAGCAAAUAGGACAGGAGUUCCCUUGGCAAUACUGCUGCGUUCACUACUCGCGUGUAAUACCAUUGAAGAAUGUUCUUCUGCCAUGGAAAGUAAACCGUAUGGAUGUGCUUACGGGCAGGGUAUAAAUAUUGCAGCUAUUAAUGGAACAGAUAUGUGCUCGAUGGAAGUAUAUCCAUUGCAGGAAACUUGUGAAGUCAAGAUCAAAUACAUUCCAUACGAAGGAGGUUCGGAUGAACUUUGCUACUUUUUUCAUCAAAAUUAUUAUAAGCAUAUUAUGGCCAAAGAAACUGGACCUUGCACUGGAUCCAGGCUUCGUAACGAGAGAGCCAACGAAAUGUCAGAACCAAAAACUGUCGAUGACGUCGAAGCUAUUCUUGGUGAUACAAAGGACGACGUAGAACCGAUCUAUCGUUUGCCUUGUGCUUCUCAUAUUGCACCGGAUGUGAAAACGGUGGCAACUGCGAUUUUCGCUAUCAAUGAAAGAUUGCUACAUGUAUAUCGAUCUAACCCUAAAAUCGCACGUGUUCCAUGCCUGACGUUACCAUUCCUGUAAAGAGUAACAAAAUAUCUUACGCUAACGUUGGAAAACUAUAUAAAUAUAUAUAUAUAAAGAUUUAAAUUUUAGCCAGUAAAUUUGAUGUUCCUUUUGUGUAAAGCUUCAUUUAUACUCUUGUUGUGGGGAAUAAAUUUUUUUAGUAUAACCGCUGUCUUUUUGAACAGCCUAUUUAUACGUUCGUUUAAUAGUUUGCUUGGAAGCAGUGGUCUAGUAGAUUACUAGUAGUAAAUUGUUACAUCAGAAUAACUGACACGUCAGGAUGACACCACCCUUUACUUAGAAAGGGAAAAUAAAAACACAAAUACUGAAUAAAUUUGAAAACCAACCAAAUUUUUACUUAUCUUUCUAAACUAAUAUUUUACAAAGCGAUCCAAAUA